AUGUUUUAAAAUUAAGCAAAAAACAAACCUUAAAGUAAAGGAAGUAUCUAUCCAGAAACUAUAGAAAAUUAAGAAAACAAUGUGUUAAAUCAUGUAAACCAACAUAUAAUAUAAAGUUUUAGUAAUCUUUAGUUAGAAGAUUAAAGCCAAUUGAAAUAGGAAAGACUAACUUGUUAAGUUUUAAAUAAACUCAAUGAAAUAUAAAAUUAUUAAAAUAUAGAGAAUAAAAUUUAAUAAUAAACUUAUUCACCAAUUAACAGCUUGGAAAUAAUAAAUUUAAAUAAAGAAGAUGACUUCCAAUAAAGAAACGAAUAAACUGCAUUUUCAAGAAAGAUUGAUGAGUCAUUAAAAUCUUAAAAAAAUCAAAAUUAAUUUAGAAAAUCUUCAACAAUCUUAGAUGAUGAGUACUUUUUCGAAGAGAAUAAGUAAACUAUCUGUAAAAAAAGUAGAUAUAUAAAUCCUGAGCAGUUUCAUAAGAUAAGAGAUCAUUAAGUGGAAUGGAAUUUUAAAGCUUUCUUUGAAUUUCUCCUCUAUCACUUUUUUUUUUACUUUUUGACUGGUCCUUUUACUUACUUGAUAUUUUAUAAAAAAGAAAAAUUAAUGAAAAAUUUGAGUUUUUGGGGCAAUAAUAGCUAUUUUUAUAUGCAGUCUUUGCUCUAUUUUUCAAAUUCUUUGAACUUAAUCCUUUACUUUUCCUCUAAUAGUACUCAAAUUUUUACUGUAGAAAUUGUUUAUAUGGAGAUUGUACUAUUUCUCAGAGCUUACAUAAUAUCUUGCAAAUAUGCCACCCUUCACCCUGAUAAAAUAGAAUUAUAUAGAAAUUAUGAAUUAUAAGGAGAAUUAACUCUACAAGAUUAUUAUUUUUCUAGAUGGGUAUUCUAAAGUGAUAUAACAGUUUAUAGAGAAUCUUACAAUGCUUUUUAGAGAAAUGAAUUUGACUCUUCUUUGUUUUACAUGAAUUUUAUAGUAAAUCCAAGUUAGGAAUCUGUAAAGCAAUUUGAAGAUGGGAUAUUAGCACUUUAAAAAUGGCAUAAAUAUGAUAACAUGUUCAUUACUCCUUGUAUAUAUCCUUAAGAUAACUAUACUUAUGGGUAUGGUAUAGUAUAUUUUCUAAUAAAAAACUUCACAAAAGACAACCCAAAUAGUAUUCUUACUAUAAUUGCAAUAGUGCUUGGAAUUUUUAGAGGUGUCCUAUUGCUUAUAUUUAGAUAUAUAGACAAAGAGUCACAUUACACUAAUUUUAGCACUAUUGAAAUUGUUUAAAUGGUUGGGAUAGUUUAUAACACUUCAUUUGGAUAUUUUAGCUCUCUAGUGUUUUUAAUUUUUUUUGUUAAAGAUUUAAAACUGAAAAACUAUUUGUAAAAAUAAUGUAUACUUCUUCUUUCUCCUAAGAAACUUAAUGUUGGAGUUUAAAAACUUUUACCUACAAUAAACUUUACAGAUCCAUAUUCUAUCAAAGCAUUGUCGACAUUAAGAAGAUUGCUUUUGGAUUACGGAAAAGCAUAUUAUCUUAGACUAGAAGCAUUUAUCAGUGUAUAUGUGUUUGUAGCUGUAUUUAGUUUAGCUACUCUUAUACUUUGGCUAUUUGAUGUCUAUUCGCUUCCAAACAAUAUCGGAGUUGCCUGCGGGUUUGAGUCUCUAGUUAUUUUCUUUUUACUAUUUUACUUGUUAAUUUAAGGAGCUAUUAUAAAUACAAACUUUGAAAUUAAUAAAAAUAUAAUUUUUGACUAUCAAAUUGCUUUUGAUGAUAUUAUAAGGUUACGCAAAUUCUAUUUUCACAUAGGUUCUAAAUCUUCAAAUAUGGUGCGAUAAAAAAUUAUUUCUGCCAUUAAGCAGAAAUUCUAGUUGACAAGUGAUUUAGAUGAAAAAUAAGAUGAAAGGGUUUUAUAAUAUUUAAAUGAAAUAAAAGAAUGUUUUAAUGAUUGCUAUAAAGAAGUUAAAUAGGAUUCUAUCACUUAACCGUUCUUAUUUUUUGGUAUUAAAAUUACAACUGUACUAAUCUAAAACAUUUUAGUUGCCUUAGGUACUUCAGCAGUAGGUCUAAUAUAAUAUUAUAUCAGAUAAAAGCAAUGA